AAAGCCUUUUGAUAAGCAGACAUGGCUGUCACGCUGCAUACUGAUGUAGGAGAUAUUAAAAUUGAACUGUUCUGUGAGCGUACACCAAAGACUUGUGAAAAUUUCCUGGCUCUUUGUGCUAGUAACUACUACAAUGGAUGCGUAUUUCACCGGAAUAUAAAAGGCUUCAUGGUUCAGACAGGAGAUCCAUUAGGCACUGGAAAAGGAGGUAACAGCAUCUGGGGCAAGAAGUUUGAAGAUGAAUUCAGUGAAUACUUAAAGCACAGCGUCCGUGGGGUAGUUUCAAUGGCAAACAAUGGUCCAAAUACUAAUGGAUCACAGUUCUUCAUCACUUACGGCAAGCAGCCGCACCUAGACAUGAAGUACACCGUGUUUGGAAAAGUUAUUGACGGCUUGGAGACUCUGGAUGAGCUGGAGAAGCUGCCUGUGAAUGAGAAAACCUACAGACCUCUUAAUGAUGUUCACAUUAAAGAUAUUACAAUUCAUGCCAAUCCUUUUGCUCUGUAGCCACAGAGUGGAUUACAAGGUAUAAAGUGUCACUGAAAAGGAUUACUUGAGCUGGAUCAUACCUUUGCUCAUUAAAUGUAGGAUUUUCAGGAGCUGUGACAUUGUUUGGGAGUUGUCACAGAGGAGACCUGUGCUUUAGAGGUCAGUUUUUCCAUGGUAUC